AUGCCACACAGAGAAAAGGCAUCCAUGCCGCGGAACAACAGUACACAUCACAGUGACCUGACACACAGAUUGCGCAAUGACUCCCACAAGGAGCAUCAUAGAGAUACAGGAGAAAAAAGCAUCAUCAUGAAAAAACGACACAAAAAAAAUCGUGAUAGAAAUGCAGCAGAUAAACGCAUUUUCAUAAAAAUGCCAGGGGAAGUGGUAUCUUCAUAA